ACUUGCCCGUCAGCUCGCCGCAGAUGUUCUCUUAUAAAAAGGAAUCAAUUGCCCCUAGAUCUAGAGCCACUUUGUUGUUAUAAUUAGCCAGUGGUUGUGUUCCUCUCAUCCUAGCAAAAAUGUCAGCCUCCCAGAUCCAAGCGAAGUUUAGCAGUUUGCCGCGAGCAGCUUCUGGACCUUUGGAAUGCCCCUACGAGGUGAGUUGUGGGUGCGAUCAUGCUGUAUCGUCUAGCUUUUUGCAUUAUGUGCAAGAAGUAGGUGACCUUGACUUGCCAGGGCAUGGCCAUCCUGCAUAAUUCCUAUUUCAAUAAAGGCCCAGCGUUCUCCGAGGAGGAGCGGACAACAUUCAAACUGCACGGCCUUUUACCACCAAACGAACAGACCUUAGAUGAACAAGUACAAAGAGCAUAUGAACAAUAUAGCUCUCAUAAAGAUGAUCUGGCAAAAAAUACAUUCAUGGCGACCGUCAAAGCGCAGGAUGAAGUGCUAUACUAUAAGCUCCUGCAAACACAUCUUAAGGAGAUGUUUAGCGUAAUAUACACCCCAACUGAAGGUGACGCGAUUCAAAACUACUCUCGACUAUUUAGACGACCGGAAGGCUGUUUCUUGAACAUCAGAGAUCAGGAUAGGAUUGAGGAGACUCUAUCCAGCUUCGAUCCUGGGAAAGAUGUCGAUUAUAUAGUCGUCAGUGAUGGUGAGGAGAUUCUAGGAAUCGGGGAUCAGGGUGUAGGCGCAAUUCUUAUUUCUGUUGCUAAGUUAGUCUUAACUACUCUGUGUGCAGGUAUUCAUCCGUCAAGGCAACUUCCGGUGGCAUUGGAUUGCGGCACAAAUAAUGAGAAAUUGCUCAAGGAUAAGCUGUACUUGGGCCUCAAACAGCCACGAGUUCGAGGAGAAGAAUAUGACCGAUUCGUGGAGAGAUUUGUAAAAGCUGCUCGAAAAAGAUUUCCCAAGGCAUAUAUCCACUUUGAGGACUUUGGUCGGCAUAAUGCCAAAAGGAUCUUGGAUAGAUUCCGAUCGCAUAUUCCCUGUUUCAACGAUGACAUCCAGGGCACGGGAUGCGUGACCCUGGCUGCAAUUAUGGCAGCACUUCACAUUAGCCGCGUCAAGUUAGAAGAUGCCCGAGUACUUAUCUUCGGCGCUGGGUCUGCUGGAAUUGGGGUUGCCGAUCGAAUUUCAGAUAUAAUCGCCAUAGAAACACACAAAUCACCCUCGGAAUCACGCAGACACAUUUGGUGCCUGGAUAAACCAGGGCUGCUCGUCAAAUCGCUUGGGGAUCAAUUAACCCCGGAGCAAGUCCCAUAUGCGCGAGAAGACGCCGAAUUCCGGGAAGCAGAGGGACGAGAUUUAUUUUCUGUCGUAAAAGAAGUCAAGCCGCAUGUCCUGAUCGGAAUGUCAACGAAGCCCAAUGCUUUUACGGAGAAUGUCGUCAGGGAAAUGGCUCAGCAUGUCGAACGCCCCAUUAUCAUGCCACUAAGCAACCCCAGUCGUCUGCAUGAGGCUCAGCCUCAGGAUAUCAGCGACUGGACAGGAGGCCGAGCAUUGAUAGCUACUGGCAGUCCAUUUCCUCCCGUUGAACGGAACGGCGAGAAAUACGAAAUUGCGGAGUGCAACAACUCUACAGCCUUUCCAGGGAUCGGGCUUGGCGUUGUACUGUCCCGCGCCCGCCUCCUCUCAGACAAGAUGCUGGUAGCCGCAGUCAUGGCGCUAGCAUCUCGGGCGCCCGCCCUCGAAGAUCCUAAACGGCCAAUCCUUCCUGAUGUUGAGGAUGUGCGUGGCAUUAGCGUCGAAGUUGCCAAGGGAGUUAUCAAGUGUGCGGUGAGAGAAGGACUAGCGCAGGAGGAGGGGAUUCCCGCAAGCGAUCAGGAGUUAGAACAGUGGGUUCGCGUACAAAUGUGGGAAGCAAAGUAUCGACCACUGGUCAAUGUGGGAGGGAAAUAGGAAUUGCCACAUCUAUAGCAGUCAGGGCCAUAAGUUGCCCGACACAAUUGAUCCUGGCAAUGAACAGACAGAUAUGGGGUUGUUGACGCUCAUUGAAAUUACCUGCAAAGUAGGGUUGCAAAUCAGACGGCCUGUGAGCCUGCAGGGCUUUGAAGUUUGCAGGGAUGAUUGUUGAAA